AUGGCGUUAACUGAGACGUCACUGUCAUCCACCAAUCAGCUCACAGGGGGCGGGACUAGGAAAACAUGUCGUCUAUAUCGGAGCUCUACGAUGUUACUUGGGAAGAAAUGCGUGACAAACUCCGUAAGUGGAGAGAAGAGAAUUACAGGAACAGUGAGCAGAUUGUGGAUGUCGGUGAAGAGCUGCUUAAUGAGCACGCAUCUAAACUGGGAGAUGACAUUUGGAUAAUUUACGAGCAGGUGAUGAUUGCAGCGCUGGACUGCAGUCGUGACGAUCUGGCUUGGAGUUGCCUACAGGAGCUGAAGAGGCAGUUUCCAGACAGUCACAGAGUGAAGCGAUUAGCAGGGAUGCGUCUGGAGGCUCUGGAGAGGUAUGAGGAUGCCAAUAAGCUGUAUGAUUCAAUACUACAAGAUGACCCGACUAAUACGGCAGCAAGGAAGCGCAAGAUCUCCAUCCUGCGAGCACAGGGCAAAAGCAGUGAGGCCAUCCGCGAGCUCAACGAAUAUCUGGAGCAGUUUGUGGGAGACCAGGAAGCUUGGCAUGAGCUGUCAGAACUCUACAUCAAUGAGCAUGAGUAAUGAUUUCU